CAGAACGAUUCGGACAGUGCAAAACAGCCUUCCUCGGCGCUGCUGGCUGUUGUCCUUUGUUCUUCCACUCAUAUCUCGCCUCCAAUUUGACAAAGCCGUGGUUGUAUGCCCAAACACCACCUCCCAAACCCUUCACCACCAUCGCUUACUAGCUGCACGAACGGACAGCAUUGCGCCCCGACACCGGCGACCAAGUCAGCCUCCCCCCAAUGGCUCCCAAAACAGCACUCCUUGUGGUCGACAUGCAGGCCAUCUUCGAGCCCAUGACUACAAUUGCUCUCCCGAAUAUCAUCAAACUGUGCGAGCAUUUUUCAAAAACUUCGGCGCCCAUCGUAUUCACCAAACACGGCCAUCCGAAGGACGAAAUGGUCGCAAAUUCACGCAGUCAGCUGGUUCGGAAAUGGGGCGUGUCAGGCUCAAUCGGAGAAGGAUCUCCAGAAGGAGAGAUGCUGCCCGAGCUGCAUAAGUUUCUGCCCAAGAACUUUAGAACAAAGCACGUCACAAUUGGAGAGUCCCUACCAGAGCCCACGUCGCCCGAGUUCCCUAAGCUCGUGCCGAAGAACACCUAUGAUAGCUUCAUCCACACCCCCUUGUCAAGGAUACUGGAGCAUGCACAGAUCGAGCGUGUAAUUGUCGUUGGAGUGAUGACGGAUUGUUGCUGCGAUACAUCUGCUAGAGCUGCUUUCAAUCGUGGGUAUGAGACAUGGCUCAUUAGUGAUGCUUGUGGAAGUGCGAAUGAUCGACAACAUAAAGCUGGACUUAGAGGGUUCGAAUUCGCGUUUGGCGAGGUGAUGACCACGAAGGAAGCGAUGGAACGGCUGGCAACGUGAGUUGAAGUGCUGAUGGAUGGUUGCACUGCUUAAGGCUGGGCUGAGGAAAUGUAUCAGUCAGGGGGGGGCACCACCUCUGGACAGAACCCAUUUCGCAGCUCGCAGGAGUGGGAUUUGGCCUGCGGUCGUGCUUAUUAGUGAAUGCCUCAAAAUGCAAAAGCUCUGCGUCUCAAACCAUCAA